GCCAUCACAAACAGUCUCUCCAGAAAGCCACUGGGGCUGAGGCCUUCCAGUCAAUUUCACCCAAACAUUCCACACCCACCCAUAGCAGAGGGGCUCAGAGAGCAAAAACCCUACAGUGUCCAGGCUAUAAAGGGGUCUUACAGCUUUUCCUUCUUGCCAGCCCUAAGCAUAACCCUCUUUGGCACUGUCACAGAACCAGAAGCAGGCACUGAAUGCUCACUGAGUGCCCAGAGUGCCAUAAAGGCACUUAGGAGGAGGGAUGCUCUUUGCCAGAUGACAAGAUCUUCAGAGCUAUAAAAUAAUAACUAAAUACAAGAGCCGUGUGGUGGGGGAAAAGGGCCAGUUAACACUCUGCCUUUAAAUUGCAGCUGGCACAAAUCAGCAAACUUCAGUGACUGCUACAGCAAAGAGUCAGUUCUCUUCUUCCCAGUUGUGUUUGUUUCAGAAGCACAGUGGGAGGACUGCUGGGAGAGAAGAGCAAGGGGCAGCUGGAUUGGAUCUCCCCUGACAGCUCCUCUCCUGCUGCCUUCCUUACAGCAGGCACUUGUAGCAAGGCUGGUUUGAUCUAGGGCCUGCGCGUAGCUGACCCAGCCCUAGAUAGCACCACUGGCUCUCUGUGGGCUCCUUGAGGCCGCUGAUCCCUUCCACAGCAUCAGGCUGGUUUAACCGGUGGAGCAGCACAUCUCCUCCUGACAGUGCUGGAGUCAGCAGAAGCCUGGAUGGGAGCGUAAUGCAGGGAUGGGCACUCUCAAAGCAGACAGAGACUCUGUAAAGGUUGUGCAGCUGUUGGCUGUGCGGAGAUUGCACUGUCCAAAUUUCGCCCAGAGGUAACUUCUUAUGUGUGCACACAGACUACAGGAACAGCAUCUGGUGCGUGCAGCCAUGCUCAGGGUGUGCAACAGCACUGCGUGCUCAGCCUGAGCACUCGAAGUGCACUGCUGCAGUGGGGUGGCAUCACCAACCUGUCUGUGGGAAAAGGAGCUGGGAACAGCCCUGCCACAUCCCCUCAGCCCACACUGUAGCCAAGGCAGAGGUAUUCACUGUGAAUACAAAACCUGGGAUUUAAGUGGGGGAAAGGGAAAAGGAAGAAAAGAGAAAAGGAGGGAGGAAAAGGAGAAGAAAGAAAAAGAGAGAAAAAGGUAAAAGGAAAAAAUAAAUAAAAAGGAAAAGAAAUUAAAAAAAAAAUGAAAGGUUUAAAAACGGAAGAUAAAAAGACGGAAAAAGAAAAGAACAGAAAAUGAAAAAGAAAGGAAAAAUGAAAAGAAAAAGACCCACUCUGCUCUCUUCCCCACCCAAAGCAUUCCAGCCUUUCCUUUCCUGCCACUUGAGAGGGGGGUUGUUUAUUGACAUUAUGCAAGUGCUGAAAUAUUUUUCUUUUUCUGCUCUCCCGUCUUUUCUUUUGUAAAAAAAGUUCUUCCCCCUCCCUCCUCUGGGGGUUGCGAAGGUAGUUCAAACCCCUCCAGCCAUCUCGGCUUAUCAGUCGAGGGAGAUGCAUUCCUCAGGGCUGCUCCCUUUAUAAGCCGCCGCCGGCCGCCCGCGCGCCGCUCCGCAGCCCGCGCAGUUCCGCGCCCUGCCAUGCCCUAACCCGGCCCAAAGGACGCGCGGCAGCGCUGGGAGAGCCCGGCGGCGAUGCCCCCCCGGCGCUGAGUCGCGCUGCCGCCGGGAUGUUCGCCUGGCACCGGAGCUUUCCCCUGGGAGCGCCCUGGAAGAGAGGUAAGAAGAGUCCACCUGCUGAGGACAAAGUAGUGCUAACACAUAUGAAGAUAUUGAGCAAUGAAGGAAUUCAGAACCCAGGGCUAGUACCAGAGGCUCCUGCUGAUGCAGCCUGUACUGAGGAACCCCAUCUUCCCAGCACAAAUUUCCCACAGGACUGCCAGGGAUGUCCAAAUGCCACAGCCAUAACAGCAGACACAGACUAUGCAGAAGCCCCAGCAGGCACAGAUUAUGUAGCCACACUGCCUGACCUCAGCAGCUUUGAGUCCAAGUGCCGCCUUCACAGAUUCUCCAAAUUUGAAUCUGAGGACUCGGGAGUUGAGCUGCCAAGCGGAGCUAACUCUCCAUCAACGCCAACGGGCUCAGAGAAGAGCUUUGUUCUUCACAGCAGAGACUCAUUUUGUGACUCAGGUGUGCUUAGCACCUCAUCUUCUCCAGAAAUUGACCACCUGAUAAUGAGAGCAUGUAAAGAGCGUGCCAGGAAGGUUGGCCAGCAAGGUGUGGAGAGUGAAAAGAAAGAUGAGCUCUAUAGCCAGGAGUCAGACGUGGUGGAGGUUCCCACACCUUCCCUUGAAGACUUCGGUGUUCCUCAGGAAGGAGAAAAUCCUGAUGAGCAUUUUGACCAGAGUGAAAGGCAAUCUCUGGAAAAAGAACCAUCCCCAGAGACGAACUCCCCCACAGAGAGCACUCUUCCCACCCCGAUUCCCAUAGAGGAGCCAAAAACAAUUGCUGACAAUUACACAGAGACCUUUGGCAGUACACAAGACCUUCAGCUCCAUGGACAUCAGCUGAAGAAGUACCCCACAAGUGACAGCCUGGACGAAUACAUGAAUGAAUGCUGUAGACUGAGUGAGGUGAACCAAGGGAACAGCAAAGCCCUGGGAUCUGGCCUGGGAUACCUGGAACACAUUUGCCAACUGAUUGAGAAGAUUGGGCAGCUGCAGGAACACAACCUGCGGCUCCAAAAGCAAGUCUGCAGCUUACAGAAAGAGCAGAAGAUGAGCCAGAUAAAAGAGGAGUACCUCAUGCAGCAUUGCUCCUGUGGAGCUGCCAGCGUGUUCCUCAACUCGUACCAAGACAUGAAGACAUUUUUGGCAGGGAGAAGCAGACCUCAUAGCCUCUUGGUUCAGACUGGAAACCCUUCUGAUCUUUCAAUCAUCCCAGAAAUAGGAGCAAACACCGACAAGCUCAGCGACUACUGUGGAAGUGAGAGAUACCCAGAAUCAGGAAACAGCCAUCCAACAGCAGGGCUCAGGAAGUUGUCGAACAAUAGGAACAAGGAAAAUGAGUUCAGAGAAGGUGGUGGCAUGGCCGAAAGACAGGCUUUUCCACCAAAGGAUUCUGCAGCCAGAAAGGGUCUGGAGACCAGCAAGAACUGUUCGGGUGAGAGCCAUGCGUGGGGGAGAAUGAGAGAUCUUAUGAGGAAGACAAGGCUGAGAAACCAAAGCAAGCUGGGGCUGUCCUCUGCUGCUCUGAAGAGGUCCUGCCCACAGUUGUACAGGCCUGACAUUAUGUCUUCAGAGCUGAGGAAAGCUGAGAGAACUGAGAGGAACUCCAUGAUUGUUUUGGGGCAAAAUACAAAGAAUGAAAACAUAUGGCCUUUCUGAUAACUCAAGUUAAAGGGGACAAGGUAAAGAAGAAGUGGGAACAAUUGCGGACACAAAAUGGAAGAGCCCAGGGGUGCUUUGUGUACCCAGCAUCCUCCAGCUGUUGGCAAAGCAACUCUGAUUUGAAUGUUGGAAGGGAAAGAAGGAAAGGGGACGAGGAUAAUGGUCUGUGGACAGAUGCAUACUCAGCUACCUAUGGCUUUGCUCCUGAACCUACCACAUACUCACAAGCCAAAGAAGAAGAAACUUGCAGCUAACACCUUGGUACCAUAACCAGGAGAGGCUUUUAAAUGAGACUUGAUAAUUAAUUCUUCCUCCUACCUGUGCUAGGAACAGUACUACCUGAAUCACCAAAGCAAUUAUCACUGCUUCCUGGGGACCUCUUACAGCUGAAAUGAACUUCAGCCUCACAGUGGCCAGAGGAGCACUAUAUGCAGAGAUGGCCAUUGCCUGCACUCCUCCCUCAGGCCAGGGGCUGCAGGCUGCUUGCCCUCAGCACACUCCUCCCUUCCCAGCAGCACCUCACCAGCUAUGCAGUUUUAAUCAAAUGCAACAGGAACAAAAGUCCAUAAAGCCAAACUCUCCCCCAAGGCCGUUCAGAAACCCACCACCAGCUGCACCUUUUGCAAACACUCCUUGAUUUCAGUGCCAUCCUAACACAGAAGUCAACAUGGUGAAUGGCACUGCAAGAAUUGACCAUUAGAGAGUUGGGAGGGUACAUCCAUGGCAGCAUCUCAGCCAUCCAGCAGCCCAGCUCUCUGUCAGGCUGUGCUGUCCAACUUCUGGAAGAGCAGGGCUGCAAGGAUGAGUUACUCACACACAUCCUCUAUAUUCUGUAUCUAGGACUGUUCUUUUAGAUCUCUUAGGUUUUGAGGUUUAUUUUUUUUUAAUGCUGGUGCCUUAUUGCCACAUCUCUACAGAGCUCAGAGAAUUGACAGCAUCUGCUUCUGAAGGUGCUGCAGCUGCCACAGUGAUCUCUGCUCUUUUGCUGGUAGGAGCUGGUGCUUUUAUACCUAUGGAGUAAAAAUUCAAGCAAGCCAACUUCGUCUCUUGUUACAGGAGCAUGCUACUCCCCUGAAUUACAAUAUAACUGUCAAUCAGGCACUUGCUAUUUAAAAUCCUUUCUGGUCUACCCUUAGGAACUGAGAUUUCAGAAGAUGACAGUAACAUGCCAACUUCAGCAGGUUUAGCCUUUCAGCAGCAGGUUUAGCCUUGCAGCAGCAGGUGCUUCCCUUUUGCUCAUGAACAGCAGUUGGAGCCCUCCAAGGCAGAGCAGGAUCUCUUCUUCUGAGAUUCUCCGAGCCCAGUUCUAGCAGCAACACAAAGCAAAGAGUUGUUGCUCACUAGAACAACAGAUCAUGUUUACUCAGUGCAAGUAUAAUUUGCAGGUGAAGUUCAGUGUAGCUGCUGUUAUUUAGCAUCUAAAAAAAAAGUUUAUGCUGACUCACAGUUAGUACCCUGAAGUAGGUGCUGUGUUUAAUAUUUCAGUUGUCAUUAAUUACAGCUGCUGUUGUAACACUUGGUUAUUCACUGUAUAUUUUGCUAGCUUCAUCCAAAGCUAGAGAUAUUUAUGACUUGAUUAUUCUGUGAAUAGUCUGUAUAUCUCCAUAAAUCCCAGGGGCUAAAAAUCCUGCCUCAACUUACACCCUCCACCCAUACAGACACUAUGAGGAAUAUGAAUCAGUGUAGAACUGGACUUGCAGUGUUUCAGGAAAGUCAUGAACUGGUGUUUUCCCAUCCCUUACUCUCCUCACAUUAUAGGUGUUAUGGUUUUUAAAAUUAAGAUGAACUAGCACUCUUUUUAUUACUGCAUUAUAUGAAAUAUAUUCAUGUAUUUUCAAAACUGUAUUUAUAACCUGUAACAUACUGUAUAGUUUGCCACUUUUAGAUAUGCUUGUACUACAGCUUAAUAAGUUUAAUAAUAAAAUCAUCACUUAUGAAAUAA